AUGCCUCUUUUCUCCAUCGGGUUCCUCCUCAGCUUUCUCCCCUUUGGAUCUAGCCAGUUCCCAAGGAUGUGCGCCAAUUCCGAAAGCCUGCUGAGGAAAGAGUGUUGCCCUCCCUGGCCGGGAGACGGUUCUCCUUGUGGGGAGCUUUCAGGGAGGGGAUCCUGCAGAGACAUCCUUCUCUCCGAUGCCCCUCUUGGUCCUCAGUUCCCCUUCUCUGGAGUGGACGACCGAGAAGACUGGCCCGCUGUGUUUUAUAACAGGACGUGCCAAUGUUCGGGCAAUUUCAUGGGGUUCAACUGCGGAGACUGUAAGUUCAAUUUUGUCGGUCCUGACUGCAGCGAAAGGAAGAUGAGGGUGAGGAGAGACAUCUUCCGGAUCAGCGUUAGAGAAAAGGACCAAUUCCUGGCCUACCUCAACUUGGCAAAGCACACCUCCAGCCGGGAUUUUGUCAUUGCCACGGGGACGUACGCCCAGAUGAACAACGGGUCAGUGCCCAUGUUCCGGGACAUCAAUGUCUAUGACCUCUUUGUCUGGAUGCAUUAUUAUGUGUCUCGGGACACUCUGCUCGGAGGCACAAAUGUAUGGCGGGAUAUAGAUUUUGCCCACGAGGCCCCGGGCUUCCUUCCUUGGCAUCGGCUUUUUUUGCUCAUGUGGGAACAGGAGAUCCGGAAACUGACCGGGAAUGAAAACUUCACCAUCCCUUACUGGGACUGGCGCGAUGCCCAGAGAUGUGACAUCUGCACGGAUGAGUACAUGGGUGGCAGGCAUCCUAGCAACCCGAACCUCCUGAGCCCAGCAUCUUUCUUCUCUUCGUGGCAGGUAAUCUGCACUCAUUCUGAAGAGUACAACAGCCGCCAAGAACUCUGCAAUGGCACCACCGAAGGUCCUAUUCUGCGAAAUCCUGGGAACCAUGAUAAAGGCCGGACGCCCAGACUUCCGUCUUCAGCAGACGUUGAAUUCUGCUUAAGUCUGACACAGUAUGAAGCUGGAACCAUGGACAAGAUGGCUAACUUUAGCUUCAGGAACACUUUAGAAGGUUUCGCCAACCCAAGUACCGCCAUCUCUAACACCUCUCAAAGCAGUCUGCACAACGCGUUGCACAUCUACAUGAACGGCUCCAUGUCUGAGGUGCAAGGAUCAGCCAACGAUCCUGUCUUCAUCCUUCAUCACGCCUUUGUGGACAGCAUCUUUGAACAGUGGCUCAGAAGACACCAACCUCUGCGGGAGGUUUACCCUGCAGCCAACGCCCCCAUUGGACACAACCGUGAAUCUUACAUGGUCCCCUUUAUUCCUCUUUACAGGAAUGGGGAGUUCUUCAUAUCAUCCAGAGAACUCGGAUAUGAUUAUGAAUAUCUCGCCAAUCCAGCCAACCCCUUCCAGACCUUUUUUGAUCCUUAUUUGGAGCAAGCCCGCCAAAUCUGGCCAUGGCUGGUGGGAGCCGCUGUGGUGGGUGCCAUCAUCAUGUUGAUCGUCGGACUCAGCAUCCUCCGAUGUCGGAGGAAGAAAAGAAUCUCCGAGGAGACGCAACCGCUACUCAUGGAGAGUGACGAUUAUCAGCAUGUGACGUACCAGUCACAUGUAUAACAACUGCCCAGGGCCAAUACUGUUAAGUGUUAACCCAACAUGAUGUGUGAGAUGAAGCCUCCAAUGUCUUUUCCAAAGCUUGAUCAGAAAAAAACAAGGGGAGGGAGGAAUUCCAGGUUGGGCCUGGUUUGUACAGAAGAGAGAUAGGGGUUCUUGAAGCUUUGAUAGGAUGCAUAAUAAUAGUCUUUAAACCUUUUCUAUAUACCUUUUCUCCAUUCAAAAUGGCAUAAUCACACUAGAUAAUAUAACACCAACACUUGACCUUUUCUUAGUAGCCAAGUAACUUUGGAGGGACAGCAAUUUUAUUAGGAGAAGGGUUCAGACAACUUGUUUCAAGCACUAGGUCACCAGCUCAACCCCUCCAUUCUUUAGUUUAAGCUUUGAGAAGACAAACGGACAGUCAAACACAGUUUGGACACGUCACAUUGAUGUUGGCCCUGGAUCUGUCCGUGAUUCUAAGGUGCUCAUUCAAACUAAAAGUGUUUAAAGCAGCUUCAUCACUUCCAGGACUGGCUCAUCACUCCUAAGCACACUUUAACCAUUCUUUUGUAUCUACAGUCAGAGUUGGUUAAAGGAAGUGGUUCUCAACUUUUCAUAUCUUCUAAUCACAAUUGCUGUACCAAAGAACUUGUGUCCCACCAUGACAGAAACAAAAGUCCACUUAU